AUGCCGCGUGGAAGCCGAAGCCGCACGUCCCGCAUGGCCCCUCCGGCCAGCCGGGCACCUCCGAUGAGAGCUGCCCCCAGGCCAGCACCAGCAGCUCAUCCGCCAGCACCAGCUGCAGCCUCUGCUGUUGGCGCACCUGCUGCCGCGCCCCGGCAGCCAGGUCUGAUGGCCCAGAUGGCGACCACUGCCGCCGGGGUGGCCGUGGGCUCUGCCGUAGGCCACACGCUGGGCCAUGCCAUCACUGGGGGCUUCAGUGGAGGAAGUAAUGCGGAGCCCGCAAGGCCCGACAUCACUUACCAGGAGCCCCAGGGAACACAGGCAUACCAGCAGCAGCAGCAGCAGUUUGGCCCAUGCCACUAUGAGAUGAAACAGUUCUUGGAGUGUGCCCAGAACCAGGGUGACCUUAAGCUUUGUGAGGGUUUCAGCGAGGUGCUGAAACAAUGCAAAUUUGCAAAUGGAUUAGCCUAA